AUGCCCCCGCCAUCUGGAAACCAAUUCAGGAGUCGGCGGGUUUAUGGGAAAUGCGUCGCGGCGCCGGCGUCUGCGGAAAAGCUGAGCACCCCGGACCCCAAGGACCACUCCACCUACAAUGCCGCGGACAACGUGAUGCCCCACCCCGGCCUGCGUGCCACCGCCUCCUCCCCCGAGGCGGGUGGCAAGGACAAGAGCUACUGGCUCAUGCAGCCCAUCUACAGCAAGGAGUAUGUGGAGAGCGUGGAGCCCCACCACCAGGUACCCAAGGCCUUCUUCGAGAAGGCGGGCUACUACGGGGUGCAGGCUAUGCGCUCCCUCUUCGAUGUGGCCACCGGGUACGGCCACCAGAUGACGGAGGAGAGGUGGCUGCGCCGCAUUCUGUUCCUGGAGACCGUGGCGGGCGUUCCAGGCUUCGUCGCAGGCAUGCUGCGCCACAUGCGCUCCCUGCGCUCCAUGAAGCGCGACCGGGGCUGGAUCCACACGCUGCUGGAAGAAGCAGAGAAUGAGCGCAUGCACCUCCUGACCUUCCUGCAGUUCAGGGAGCCUGGGCCCUUGAUGAGGGGCACCGUGCUCCUCGGCCAGGGCGUGUUCCUCAACUUUUACCUCCUUGCCUACACCAUCUCACCCCGCACCUGCCACAGCUUUGUCGGGUAUCUGGAGGAAGAGGCAGUCAAGACCUACACCCGCUGCAUCAAGGACCUUGACGCUGGCUUAAUCCCGCAGUGGGAGAAAAAGGCCUUGCCUGAAAUCGCCAUCAAGUACUGGCAGCUGAGCCCUGAUGCCACCAUGAGGGACCUCCUGCUGGCUGUCAGGGCCGAUGAGGCCUGCCACAGCCAUGUGAACCACGCCUUCUCCCACAUGAAGCCGUCAGAGGAGAAUCCCUUCCUUCCAGGGACGGUGCACGUGCCCUAA